ACUGUUAUAGACAAGAAGGAGCCAGGAGACAAAAACAUCGUGCUCUCCCUGAUGCAGAAACCUCAGCAGGGCAAUCGCAAAGAGAUAAGCCUCCACCGAACUAGACUUACCAUCUAUAAGAUUCCACCAGGGACCCCACAAAGAAGCCUGCAACAGGAUUUCUUUCAGAGGAACAGGCCUGUGAAGGCAGAAAAGACUUACAGCACUCAGCGAGAUCUCAUUGAACUCCACAGUCUGGAACCUGGAGAGUAUGUGAUCAUCCCAUCCACCAAUGAACCCAACAUCACUGCAGAUUUCACUCUCACUGUCUACACCAAGACUGACGAAUAAGAUCAUGUAAAGAAUCCUUCACAUAAUAAAGGAUUAAUAUGAUUAAUUCAGGAUAAUAAAAUACAUGAAUUAUUUAUUUAACAAACGACACCAUAGGGUGAUUUCCUGUUUGUUAGACAGACAUGAGCUGUGUUAUCUCUGCUGGCUGUGAAAUAUGGGUGGUGGGGUUAAAAAUGGUCACAUGAACAGCGGUCCCCAAUCCAUGGGCCAUGGACUGGUACCGGUCU